AUGGCUCUUAUACUAUUUUUGAUUUUUGCUGGGGUCCAAGGCUUUGAAGUUAAUAUCCAACCUAGAGGACAGCAAUGCUUUGGCGAAGAUCUCUCAAAAGGCACACUUUAUGUGGGAGAAGUCUCCCUUGCUGAGAAAAGGCCAGAACUCCGCCCACUCUCAUACAGGGUUUUAUUUAAAGAUAUUGCAACUAUCGUUGAGAAAAAUAACGUAAAUACAGACAAAUUCAGCUUUACAUCUACAGAAGAAGGGCCACACAUGCUUUGCGUUGAAAAUUCUGGACAAUUUGCUACUUGGGUAAAUGUAAAAAUUAUUACUGGAGCUGCUGCAAAAGAUUAUAGUGGGGUAGCUUCUACUAAAGACAUAAAAGAUUCUGAAAGAAAAAUAGAAUUAGUGAAGGAAAACGUUAGACAAAUACAUAAAGAACUGCAAAACGUUAGGGAGAGAGAAGAAGAAAUGCGAGGAUUAGGCUUAAAAUUAUUUAAAAUCAGGCGUUAGCCAUAUUGGUGAUGCAGUCACCAAAUACCCCCCCAUACAAGAGGUUCUACAGCUUUCGACUCCAGCCCAGAGGUCUGUGCUACUUCCUGUAUCUCUGUCUCCUUCUUGCCUUGAGGCUUCAGUCUUGAGUGCUUAUGGAUUUCGGCGGCCCUACGACAGGCAUUGGAGUGGCAUAAUUCCAUAAAUCCUUGGAGUCUGUCAGGUGCCAAAUACUUCCUUCGACAGCUGCAGGAAAAAUACUGCUCUGCUGUAAACUGGGCCGAAACCCCCAGUUUCUGGUAGAGGAAUGCCAAUGAGUCCUCAGAUCAAAAAGAACGUUGUUGAGUAACUCCAUUUCCAGCCACAGGAAAACAACCAAAAAGUGAUCCGAUACAUAUCUCUUAAGCUGCACUUGAAUCUCGGCUAGAAGUCAGUCCCAGUUCGCCGUAGCUGUAAGGUCUUGACAGUUGCGCCAAGAGGGCAGGUUGACGUGUGUCACAAUUUUAAUGUAUGAAGAAACUCGAGGAACUAAUGAAACAAUCCACUCAAGAGUUGUCGCGUAUUCAAUCUUUACAAUAAUAUUCUUGAUUGCGUUAGCAUUGAUCCAGGUUUUGUAUCUGAAAAGAUUCUUUAAAUCUAAGAAAAUGAUUUAG